AUGGAAGCUGAUAGCGACGACGAGAUAUACUCUAGAGACUCUCAACAAAGUUCAGAUGCUGAAGGAAGAGAUCCUAGUCCCUUUUCGGACGAGGAAUAUGGUAUCGAUGAAACUUUACAACCAUUUGGUAGUAAUGCUCCUCCGUCCAUUAUGCCAAAUCGAAAACUUCAACCAUUUGCAGACGAUUGUAAAACCUAUGACAUAAUUCCAUUAGUCGCGGCCAUUCAAGCUUGUCACAUACAUUCACUUGACGUAACAAAAAAUAUGCGUUGGGUUUUUACUGGUGGAGAGGAUGGAUUUAUAAGAAAAUACGAUUUUUUUUCUUCAAUGAGAGGUAAAACUUUGUUAACACAAAAUCAAAAACAUACACAAGUUGAAUCAGUUCAAAAGGCUGGUGUAAUAUUAUCAUAUUGGGAGAAUGAAGAAAUACCGAUAUCUUUACCAGUUGUAGUCAAACCUGAAAAUCCUGAUGGGAUAACAGAAGAAGGAGUCGAAUCAAAUGUACAGGAACCUCCAAUGCCAGAGUUAAAAAUGUCAUCUGUCUAUAGUUUAGCAGUACAAUCAGAGGCUGUUUGGUUAUUGAGUGGUUUAGAGCUGGCUUAUGGGUUGUUAGAAUUUCAUAAAUUUCAUAGCAGAACCUUAUUGAUUACUUUGAAGGCAAUGUCGUUAGUUAGCGGCGCUAUCAAUUUGUUUACCGUUAGACACGAAGAAGGAAGGUGUCACCAUGUCAUGCGACAGCAUAAAUCACCUGUAUCGGUUUUGAAGAUAACUAGUGAUGAGACAAGCUUUGUGAGUGGCUCAUGGGACAAAUCAAUAUUGCAUUGGGAUCUACACACCGGCCUAGUUGCGCGAGAGUAUUCUGGUCAUAAUUCCCAAAUUAGUUCAAUAGCAUUUCGACCGAUUACACAUUCAUCACCAUCAUCUCAAGCAUCAAUACAAAGUUCUCCUACAUCACUUGAAACAGUGUUUGAAGAAUCAGAUAAUACAAUAAAUCAUUCUAGAGAUAUAUUACUUACUACGAGCAUUGACGGUAAUUGCUUUAUAUGGGACAGAAGGCUGGCAAAUUUUAUACCGAGAAAGUUGCCAGUUCCGGAAAAAACGCCACCAUGGUGUUUAUCAGCUUGUUGGAGUGCUGAUGGUAAUAAGAUUUACUGUGGGCGACGUAAUGGAACCGUGGAUGAAUGGGAUUUUGCUUCAGGGAAAUUUGUUCGUUCAUUUAAAAUGCCAAGUAAUUCAGGACCGGUGUCUUGUGUAGCUAGCAUGCCUAAUGGUAAACAUAUUGUAUGUGCAUCGACAGAUAAUAUAAGAUUAUGGAAUGUUGACGAAUCUGAGACUGCAAGAUCAAUUGUUCCAUUUCUUAUCGUUCCAGGUCAUCAUGGUGGAACUAUAUCACAAAUCUUGAUAGAUCCAAAUUGUCGAUAUAUGAUUACAACUUCCGGAAAUAGGGGAUGGGAAGGAUCAAGUACUGAAACCGCAUUAUUUUACGAAAUUAUUCCGAUUGUUUGA